AUGGCAAAGAAAAAAGGUGAGGUAGCCCAUAUUAUGACACAGGGGACUGAAGAAGGUGUUGGAACAAUUAUGAGGAAUGUUAAUAUGAAGCUGAUAAGAAAUAGACGCAGUGAGAUAACACAUUAUACCAAUCUCCUUGACUGCAUUAUGAAAGGACUUUUCGAUGACCCUGACAAACACAUAGUACAAUGGCCAAAUACAGCUUUAAAUGAAUCCAAAGCAAGAAGAUUUGAAGGUGAGGUUAGUCCUCCAUCAAACAAAGGAGAUGUUUACAAAAACUGUAACAAUCUUAUCUGCUUGAGUAUAUUCAUGAAAGACAACCCUGAUUCAUCAAUUGACAAAGGUGUGGAUAUAAAGGUGUUGGGCUUCCAAUGUGUCGUUGAUGAAACAAGGCAGAAGGAAAAGCUGAAAGAGAAAGAAUUGGAUAAAUUGGAUGUUACUAAUAUUAAUGAAAAAUUGAAUAAUGAGAAUGAUGGUUGGGAUAAUACAGGGAAACAUGCUAAUGAUCUA